UCCAAAAAGAAAAGCGACUACUUGUGAAAUUUGGGUUGUAUCAAAAUUAUAAACGAAACGAAAGAGGUGAAGAAGUUGGCGGAGAUAGUGGUGUAUGGCUAGAACCAACAAAUAUACCUCUAUUAAUUUCAAUCAUGUCAUCGAGAAGAAUCUGACUUCCUCUUCUUCUUCUUCUGGUUCCCACAAGAAUACUCAUACCAAUCACCAAAGCCACUCCUCUUUUGCUUCUUAUUCAUCCGCCAGCAAUGUCAAAACCCAUGGUCGCAUCCUCGUCCUGACCCGUCCUUCCCCGAAGCCUGUUUCGACUCCUCCCGUCGUGUCCCCAACGCUGCCCAAACAGCCAAAACCUCUUUCUGCUUCUGUCCUGGAUCACCCACCGUCUUCUGAUCAGAUUUCUUUGCGACCCGGUUCUGGGGUUUCGAUUUCCGGUCCGGAGAAGAAGGAGAAGGAUGCUGUGACCGUUUCUGGGUCUAUUAAAUCAGGUCGAUUUGUCCCGCCUCAUCUUAGGCCGGGUUUUGCGGGAAAAGAGGAGAAACCCGAACUCAAAGUCUUGCGAGGGAGAGAACAGGGGUUGAAGCAUUUUGGCUCGUUGGCUUUCUCUGGUGAAGAUAGGCGUCCCAAAUCAGGCGACUACGAGAAGAUCAAAAGAGGCGGUUAUUCAGAUUUGGGGUUGAUUCCUCGUCCCAGAUCCAGCGGAAACCUCCCUAGUUCUAGUGGAUGAAUUGCUCUGAAGACCUUGUAACUUCCUUGAAGGCGUAGAUGGAUGCUUUAUUGUGUGAACGGCUGCCUUCUGUGUCCCUUAGGCGGGCAUAUUUUGAGUUAUUCUAAAACUCAAAUGACCGGACCAUCAUGAGUUGUUCUAUUCUAAAAUAAUGAAAAAGGCUUUGAGGACCAAAACUCCCUUGAGAGCUCAGAAAUAUAGCCUGAUUAGUUCAUAUGGAGUGUAGAAUUCAGUUAUGUUUUUUUUUUGUUUAACCACUUAACUGUUGU